AUGCCGAAGAAAGCUUUCCCGAGGAUUGACCACGAGGAUCUCAUCCUUUUACUUCGACCCUUUAUUGGGGAGGAUAUUCAUGGAGCAGUCCAGGACAUGAAGCCGUUUCAGGCGCCGGGACCUGAUGGAUUCCAGGCCAUCUUCUACCAAAAAUCUUGGCAAACCGUCGGGAAAGCUCUUAUUGAUAUGGCUGUUAGUUUUUUCUCGACAGGAAUUCUGCCGGAGAAGGUGGUUGAGUCGACGGUGGUGCUCAUCCCCAAAGUGGAUCAUCCUGAAAGGGUCUCACAACUCCGACCGAUAUCUCUGAACAACGUGUGCCUUAAAGCUAUCACGAAGGCUAUCACCAACCGACUGAAGCCGAUUAUGAGAAAGAUUGUAGCGCCCCGUCAGAGCAGCUUUAUCCCAGGAAGACAAACCACUGAUAAUAUUAUUGUGUUGCAGGAGGUUCUUCACUCUCUUAGGAAGAAGAAAGGCAAGAGAGGAGGGAUUGUGCUUAAGAUCGACCUCGAAAAAGCCUAUGAUAGGCUAAGAUGGGACUUUCUCCGGGAUACUUUGAAGGAAGUGGGUUUGCCUAGCUUGUGGAUCAAUUGCAUCAUGUUUUGUGUAGAGAGUAACAAAAUGCGUCUGCUUUGGAAUGGGGAACUUUCUGAUCCGAUCACCCCUACCAGGGGAGUCCGCCAGGGAGACCCUCUCUCCCCUUAUCUUUUCGUCUUGUGCAUGGAAAGGCUCUCUCACAGAAUUGAUCAAGCUAUCCAGGAAAAAAAUUGGAAACCGUUGAGCCUUUCUAGAGGAGGCCCCUUGAUUUCUCACCUGUUUUUUGCAGACGAUCUUAUUCUUUUUGCAGAAGCAGAUGGGGCUCAGGUGCGGAUAAUCAAAAGAUGUCAGGAUGAGUUCUGCCAUAGCUCCGGGCAGCGAGUUAACUAUGAGAAAUCGGCAAUUUUUGUUUCGGCUAACAUUGACAGGAGGAGAGCGAGAAGAUUGUCUCAGCGGGCAGGCAUCCCCCUCACUGUGGACCUGGGGCGCUACCUUGGUGUGAUGGCGAUCCAUGGUCGAGUCACCAGAACCAGAUACCAGGACCUUAUGCUGCGGAUCCAACGGAAGCUAGCCCCUUGGAAGACCAAACAUCUUUCGCUCGCCGCCCGGAUCACUGUAGUUAAGUCCAUUUCAGCCUCUAUUCCGAUUUAUCCUAUGCAAACAGAAAUGCUCCCUAUGAAUGUUUGCAGGUCUCUGGAUCGGAUCAAUAGGAGCUUCAUAUGGGGAGAUACCGAGGAGAAGAAAAAGCUCCACCUGGUACCCUGGGAACGCUUGCUGUUACCAAAACAGAGUGGGGGGCUAGGGAUCAGAUCGACUAGAGAAGUCAAUCUAGCUAUGUUGGCUAAAGGUGGGUGGCGCAUCAUCAAGGAGAAGGAGACUCUAUGGACUCAGCUAGUUCUGUCAAAGUACGGGAAGGGCCAAACGCAUCUCGAUCUUCUGAGGCCUGUUCAGGGAAGUUCCUUUACCUGGUCUAGCUUUGCGAAGGCGGGGAACCUUCUUAGGAAGGGAUGCGCCUGGAAUAUUCAUAGGGGUAACCGAACUAAGUUUUGGUAUGAUAUAUGGCUAUCGCAGGUACCUCUCCAAGAGCUGGUGACGGAUCAAAUUCCUGAAGCAGAUCAAGACCUGUUGGUGGAGGAAUUUGUGGAUGAAGACGGGAAUUGGAAGACGGAGGAGUUCGAGCACAUUCUCCCCGUGGACAUAGUUCGAAAAAUAACCACUCGGGCAGUAGAUCCUCUCUCGACCGAAGAAGACACUCUCCUUUUGCAGCCGACGCCGAAUGGUCGUUUUUCUACCAAGAGUGCCUACCAGUUGCUCCAAGACCCUAUCAAUGAUGAGAACCACCAAUUUUAG